AUGGACACUCUGGACAACCCCGGAUGGCUGCUCCCUAGCAACUAUGUCUAUGGCCUGGUAUCGAAGAAGACGUCAGUAAAAUGUGGCUGCCAGUAUUACCAACUUGCCGCUAAAAAUCCUGUGGAAGCUUUUCUGCCGCUGAACCGCUCUAUGGACACCUGCCUUGUUGUCGUGGAUACAUACUCUCCUAGCUUGAAAUGUAGGUUUCAUUUACUCGCUUGGGUAGACUCGCAACAGGUGCAUAGUGAAGAGUCGCAGCAGCAGCUAGAUUGUCGCAUCGCGGUCGCACUGGAGGUGCUACUCGGUCUAAUGGAUAUAGCUGCGAGUGAGCCGUCGGCGGCAGAAUCCGCCUUACGGCGAGUCGUCAACGAUUCUGACGACGUUUUGCGGAAGUUCAAAUGUCCAGAAUGUGGCAAGGCAUUCAAGUUCAAACAUCAUUUGAAGGAGCACAUUCGAAUUCACUCCGGCGAGAAACCGUUUGAGGCUAGUAGGAGUUCAUUCAUUAAAAUAUAUGCUUGCAAAGCAGCCAUGUCGAAUGAGGUAUAUACCGAAAGCAAAGAAAAGCCUGUGGGAAGUCAGGAUAUAUUCGGCUCGCAAGAGGAUUCUAGAUCAUCAGUUCUUCGCACGUCACGAGGAAGUAGUAGUAGUUCUGCUACCUUACUGCACUGCAGCCCAGCCAAGGAAGGAUUGAGGCUAAUUUGGAGGGAUAUAUAUGUGCAGCAACUGCCAAAAAUAAGGCUGGGUAGAUUGACUUCUCUAGAAGGAGCAGCACCAACGAAAGUUAUCUUAGAUCAGGUAUCCGGCUAUGCUGAACCUGGCCAAGUGACAUUUAUAAUGGGAUCGAGUGGAGCAGGCAAAUCUACUCUACUUAACGUUCUGACACAGAGAAAAAUGUCUGAAGUGCGUGUCUACGGUGAGAUCGCUAUUAACAACUUGCUAGUGAAGUGGGGUGACAUCAAGAGGUAUAGUGCUUAUGUACAGCAGGAAGAUUUAUUUAUCGGUGAAAUGAAGGUUUUAGAGCAGCUAACUUUCGCUGCACGCUUACGAAUGCCCUCAAGCUCGGAAAAUGUGAGGAAAGAAACCGUUGAGGAAGUUAUGGCGACUAUGGGAUUGUUGAGCUGUCGAGAUACGAUGAUCGGCGGCGCAUACCAUGGCGGUAUAUCACGAGGAGAAAAAAAACGUUUGUCUUUUGCAUGUGAAAUACUCACCAACCCACCGAUUCUGUUUUGUGAUGAGCCAACAUCCGGGCUCGAUUCUUGCAUGGCACUGCAGGUCGUUGCUGCUCUAAAAGUCCUAGCUUGUGAUGGUAAAACUGUUAUCAGCACCAUUCACCAGCCUUCAAGCCAAGUUUAUGAGAUGGCUGACAGACUUGUACUGAUGGCACAAGGACAGGUGGCUUACCAAGGAAAUGCUGCAGAUGUGGAAGGAUUUUUGAGCUUAUGCUCCUACAACCGUCCAAUGUACACCAGCAUAUCGGACCAUUUUAUGAAGGUACUAUCAAGAGGCGAGAACGAAGCAGAGGCGGACUACAACAAAAAAAUUGAGAAUAUCAUUGAAGCCUUUGAAACAUCAGAUAUAGCAAAACAUGUUCAUUACGUCACGCACGUUCACAUGACCUCAUCGGGAAGAGCAGUGAAAUACGAUUCAGGUCGGAAAGGUUAUGCAUCGCCGUGGCUGGUUCAAACAUGGUGGUUGUUUAUGCGAUCAACACACUGUAUUGUUAGAAAUCCAAUCGUGCUACGAACUCGACUCGUGCAGAUUUGUACUGUCUCGCUAAUUCUUGGCUCCAUUUACUACAAGUCAACUCUCACUGAGAGGACUCUUAUGAAUUACAAAGGAUCUGCAAUGCGAGCAUCAGCAGAUAUGAUCUACAUGUUUCUCUUCCCAUGCGUUUUCGUCUUUGCGGAUGAGCUGCCCGUUGUGGUACGGGAGUAUCAAGCUAAUGUAUAUUCACCCACUGCAUUUUUUGUGGCAAUGAACGCUGCAGAUACAACACAAUAUCUUGUAUUUCCUACUCUCUACUCCAUAAUACUUUAUUCACUUGCAGGAUACUCUAAAUCUUUGGAUCAAUAUUUCAAGUUCAACUUGUUGAACAUUGUGGUUGCUACGCUUUCUGGUUCUGUAGGCUACGCUGCCGGUUGCAUAUGUGGCACAACAGCGAUUGCGACCACUUUUGUUCCAAUAAUCGUCAGCCCAUUGUUUGUGUUUGCUGGGUUCUACAUUGAUCUCGAAAGUAUUCCUGUAUAUUUCCAAAUGCUUCCUCAUUUAUCAUUCUUCAAAUACGCUUACGAAGCACAUCUUAUCGUUCUUUUAUCCCCCGUUGACACAAACGACGACUGCCUUGGAAACAAACUCCUCAACUCAUCAUGGACUACUUGCACAUCGCAAGGCGAAAAAGUACUGAAGUCAAUGGAACUGGAUCCCAGUCGUUACUGGGUCAAUGUAGUCAUUUUGGUCUCAAUGAUGAUUGCUAUCAGAGGAAUAGCAUUGUUAGCCUUCAUAAUAAGAAUUAUCAGAAGCUGAAUAGAGCAAAAACGAUGUGCGAUCAUUUAUAGUAAUCCCGAAACUUUCAAUCAAGAUU